CAGUUUUUAGUGACAAGUUGACCAUAGAAGCAUGAACUACAUACUGUCUCCUCACUGACGAAUAAUAACUUCAUUGAUGUAUGGACGUUAAUAAAAAAUCCUAAAUAUAUUAUCGUGGUAAUUGACGAAAAUAAGACCAUCAAGCUGAUAAUAAUUAUUUCCGUUCGAUAAGUUAUAAUUUUGUGAACUUUAAAUGUUUAUGGGUUGCUGGGGUUUACAAAGCAUACCUAUAUAACGUCAUACAGCAAAUGACGCUCAGUACAAUGAGCUGGAAUGGAUCAAAACCAAAAUGACAACGUAAUAAUUUUGAACAAAUUUAAAAUUAGAGUGAAUCUCGUAAAGAUUGACCAGAGCUUCGAAAACCAUCUUCUGUUAUUUGGCAAUUAACCUCGUAAGCGAAAUGAGUGAUCACGAGUGCUGCUGCAUCCACUACACGUUAGCUGGCAAAGCUGUGUCGGCGCUCUCCUCGAUAAUCUCAGUUUACGUCUUCGUGCAGUUCGCUUGCGAAGGAAACUGCACAGAUAAAAAUGACAGGCGACUUUUGCUGCUACUGCUGAUAAGUCUGAGCGCAGCAUGCGCAGCCGGCGUGCUCUACUACGGAGUAGACAAGGAUAAACCAAACCUACUCAAGCUUUACUGCCGCAUGUGUGUGACGAUAUCAUCGCUAUGUUUGCUCACUGAAUCUCUCACUCGUGAGCCCCAAACUUGUUCGCUGCAAGUCAAGGGGCUGGUCGUUACAUGCCUGUUGCUGCUGCUGUCGGCUAGCAUAGUGUGGAGAUGUCUCCGCAUAAUGAGUGAAGUCCAGUCGAGUACCAACUCGGAACAAGAAGCUCCACUUGCAGACGCAGAAUCUUCUUCUUCAUUGCAAGGGGAUAAAAUUGGCGACGAUCCCCCGUCUUACAUGGACGUUGUAUACCUCAUGCCGUCCGGUCCACGCCCAGAGAAAUCUUCAUCUACGCAAUCGAUGUCUAUGCCUCACGAGAGUUAUGUGCCUUCUCACUACGGUAGUUCGGAAACUCUCCCUCCAGCCUACCACUUGGCCGUGUCUCAAAAGCCCUACGAAACAAAUAAUACCGUUCACACGGGAGACUUGAUACUCCGUCCGUCAGACAUAGCUCUUCCCCCGCAAGCUUCUGCGGUAAAUUUUACGACCAUCUUCAGCAGUUCUAAGUUGCCGCAGUCUGUCGUCCGUGUUUACGAUAUGUAGGUAUUGCUAAUAGUCGUUAGAUAUUAUUUAAUAUGACAAUGCCUUUCUUACAGUUAUUUGAAGGUACCUACUUUCAUUUUGUAUCAGAGGAAAGAUUUUAUUAAAAGAGAACAAUAACCGUUACCAUAUUCAUUCGAGAACGCUUGGCAGUCGUACUCUAGAAAAAGGAAAUGUAACAGUUCAUGACAGACGGCGCAGGUGAUGUUGACUUUCAAGAUUCGGUAACGGACGAAACGUCGUCUACACAGAACAGAGUGAAGUAAUCACUCGGCAAUAGGCCUUGAAAACAGACCUGAGCUCGGUAAUUCAAGAUAUGCAACACUCGUAUAUCAAAACAAAGUUAGAUAGCGACAAGUGGUCGAUUGACGCUGCUAUGCUCGCAGGUAAUGGCUGGCUAAACAAACUUAUAGGGUACUGCAUGCGUGGCUCUGAGCGCGGAUUGUCCCUCCCACCGGCUAAUUCUACCUAGCUAGUAACUUCCGAACGGAAUUUCAAGCUCACCCGUAAUUUAUAUAUUCUAGAAGGAAUCUGCUCGUAAAAAAAUGCAUCAUUGUUUUCUUAAGAGCUAGGUAUUUUAUAAUUUAGCCUCAUCAUAUUAUUUGUUGGAUAGAACAAAUAUGAUUUUGUAUUACCUUUAAACGCUUUUCACAAAAUCUUCGAAAAACUAGCAACUGCACAAGUACUGAAAACAAGCGUCUCACAUAAUUUGUAUUUGUGACAUCAAGAAUUUCAAUAUCAUGUUUCACGGUAUCAUAUCUCAGGCCUCAAAGAAGUUGUACCUGAAGUGAAAGUCAUUGCACUUAUGUCAAUAUACUCGUGUUGGUGAUACUAUCUAAUCAGGGAGAUGAUAAUAUGUCACUCUAUUGCCUUAAAAUGCAUAUCAAUUUAUGUUAGAAAUUCACUUAUAUGGAAAGAAUACAAAACAUGAAUACUUUUUUAGCCUCGAUAUUAAUUAUGUAAUGGUAUAUGUUCCUGAAAUCCAAUGAGCAUGUCUGUAAGUAUGAGAGCAUUUCACGGUCACUAUGUUUGAGGUCAUCUGUGAAAUGUGGGAAUUAAGGUUUUUAAAUCGAUGACGUCAGAGUAGCGUCUCCUCAUAACUUCAUUUAAUGAAUACGUUCAGGUAUAUAUUUUCCGUUACUACUUAUCACAAAGUUGUACGAAUGGUAAACGAUACUUUUCAAAUCGCUUUGCACAAUGAAUGAAAAUUUCAAAGAAAUGUUUUCUUCGUGACGGCUAUAGUAAUUGAGGGUGAAAUUACUUAAUCGCUGUUAUUACAUUCGUUCAUUUUUUCUAAGUCUAAUUGUUGCUAGUAAAGUUCUAAGAUCGUGAAAUUGGACGGUUAGAGGGCUGAAAGUUGAUGCUGGGGUUGGCAUAAAUAAGUACUCGAUUCUACAGUAUUGACGAAUUAAAUUUAUUAACAAAAGAUAUUGUUUUUGUCGGACCAUCAUGGAUUUUUCCAAUAAUUAAUUUUCGAUCAUUUACUACGUUUGACACCUGAAUUCAGCAAGACCACAUUUUCUUCACCUGCCUUUUCAUGGCCACAACAGAAGUACUGA